GCGCAUGCGCAGCAGACACAUCCCUGGGAGUGUCCGGGCUGCUCGUUGGACGCGAAUCCAAGCCGCAAUCACUGAAGCCAAGACGAGCAUCUGCGCGAACAAUGGAGCGGCUUUGUUGGGAGGAACCAAUUUGGUGAAGCGGACAUGAACUGGACGUGUGGACUGGGUCGUGUUGGAGUUGUGCAAGAGCAGUGGUUUCCUGGGAAUCUGUGGCGUGAUUGACCUCUACGGUGUGCCGCUGCGCCGCGGGGAGUCAUGAGUUCAUCAUCUGUUGUCGUCGCCCACUUACAUCUGCUGGCGGAUUGAGCAGCGAGGGUCGUCGGUCGGGACAUUCGUGCAGUGCAGCUGUGUGGCUCCGUGGUGGAGCAGGGAUGCUGAGGGCCACUGCCGGCUCGAUGGAGGAGAGAGACGACGAGCAGGAGGACGAAGGGGAGGAGGAGCUGAGGGAUGGAGGGGUGCCGUUCUACAUCAACAGAGGCGGCUUCCCGGUGGAUGAGGAGACGUGGGAGCGGAUGUGGCGCCAUGUGGCUCGAAUCCAUCCCAGUGGGGAAGCGCUGUGGAAGGAGAUCCGAGGAGCAGCCGACCUGCCCAAGAUUCCAAUACCAAGUGUGCCUACAUACCAAGCUACCACCACCGCCCCCCAGCGCCUGGAAGCCAUACAGAAAUACAUCAGGGACCUGCAGUACAAUCACACGGGGACACAGUUUUUUGAGAUCAAGAAGAGCCGACCUCUGACCGCGUUGAUGGACAUCGCUAAGGAGAUGACCCGGGAGGCUCUGCCAAUCAAAUGUCUGGAGGCGGUGAUCCUCGGGAUUUACCUCACCAACAACAUGCCAGGCGUCGAGCGCUUCCCUCUCAGCUUUAAGUCACACUUCUCAGGGAACCACUUCCACCACAUCGUGCUGGGAGUGCACAGCGGGGGGCGCUUCGGCGCGCUGGGCAUGAGCCGCAGGGAGGACCUCAUGUUCAAGCCCCUGGAGUUCCGGACCCUGAUGGACCUGGUGCAGGAGUUCGACGGCGCCUACAGAGGCUACUGGCACACGCUGCGCAAGGUGAAGAUCGGCCAGUACGUGUCCCACGACCCUCACAGCGUGGAGCAGAUAGAGUGGAAGCACUCGGUGCUUGAAGUGGACAAGCUGAGCAAGGAGGAGCUGCGGAAGGAGCUGGACAGACACACCCGAGACAUGAGACUGAAGAUAGGGAAGCCUGCGCCGCCGUCUCCCACCAAAGACAGGAGGAACAGCAUGGGCUCCCCCCUCAGAGGACCAGGCAGCCCCAUACGCAGGAUCAGCCGCGUGGAGCGACGUCCCUCUGGAGACAAGAAGGUUUUGGAACGAAAAUCAUCCGCGGACAUGAAUGGAUACCAGAUUCGAGUGUGAUGAAGAGUGUUGGUUUGGUUGUGUAAUUUAAGGCGUCACACACGUUAUUUCCCCCGAGGCUCGAUUCUGUCUCCACAUCAGCCCGUUCACUGGAUGCUGUGUUGAACAGGUCACCAGCAACCUCUCCUCACGGAACAAACGCCCUAUUCAGAUUCCCUGCGUCUUUUUUUAUGGAGCCGUUAGUAUUUGGUGCUGCAGUGACCCCGGAGAAAAUGGGUCAAAAGUGCAGUGCUUUGUAACUGCACUGUUUUUGCUAAGUGUACACAUGAAAUCUAAAGCGUCCUGAAACUGGACGACCACUCAGUGUAUCAUAUCUGCAGCUCUAAAAGCUCGUGUGUAUCGUCGUACUGUAAGUGUGCAAUUACUUGUAAUGUAAUCUGAUUACAUUUAGGCUCCUCUGGGCAGCAAAUGCUUGUGUAGUGACUAGUUUGCAAAUCACUUUCCUUGUGCCUUGUAUGGAAAUUCAAAGCGAAGAGAAAUGCAUCUUAUAUCAAAUCCAUUGUUAUAUCACACAGAGUAAAAUCUGCCCGUCCCAGUUACUGUAAAACGAAGUGGCACAGUUGUUACCUAGAUGAGCAUGAUCAGCACUCUAUGUACACCCCCCCCACACACAUCCCAAUGUGAGACAGCAUUCAUCAACACUCACACGAGUUCGAGUUGACAAAGCAGCUGAUGGACCUUAUCUGAAAAUAAUGGAGAUGUCGAAUAAUGACGAGUGACUUUAUACGUACUGUAUAAAUCCUAUAUAUACACGUUGUUUUUAACUUGUAGCAACUUUAUCUGAUCUUUCACCUGCCUUAAGUGGUAUCCAGGUGGUAUCGCAGGUGUAGAGACGUUUGUUUACAGCACUUUUAUCGGAAUUUUUGUAUUUUUUUACUGGAAACGUCAUUUUCUACUUCCAUCAGUGUUUUGAUCACCAGUCGACAGCUUACUUUUAUCCACGUAUGUUUGGAAUAUUUUGGCACAGUUGGUGUAGUUCAUUUUCAUGACAGUGUUCUGUAACAGCUGUUUGUACCAAAAGACUGUUGAUUUACAGGAUCACAAUAAAUGCUCACUAUUA